GGAAGGCGAUGAGAUGCUGCAGCUAGGGACCGGUCAAUCUUUUGAAGUUCCAAAUUCUUCUCAAUCGUCCCUACUGUCCACCAUUUCUCGAUUUACUGGCAUCUUGGCAUACAAGGUCUUCUGUCGGGCCCAGCAGUCUCAAGUUUCGGUAACGGUAGCCGGUCGCUGACGUCCUCCUGGGCGUUCACCGACUUAUCUCACCUGCCUUCCUGUAGCAGCACCGUCACCAGUUCAACUGCCGCAGUCAACAUGGCCACGCUUCAAGUCAUUCCUACAAAGCCCCAGAAGACGCCUUUGGGCGCUCCUCUACCGGAGGUCAAGCCUGCUCCUCGGCCCAAGCUCGACGCGGAGCAGGAGGCCAAGUUCAAGUCGCUCCUCGAGAAGGCGCGCGCCUUCACCGAGAUCACCUGCCCCAAGGAGACCUCCAAGUCCGGUCCCAUCCGCGAGAAUGAACGCAUGUGGCUCACAAAGGAAUGCCUCCUGCGCUACCUUCGCGCCACGCGUUGGUCUGUCGACGAUGCCGCCAAACGGCUCCUGGCCACCAUUGCCUGGCGUCGCGAGUAUGGACUGGAGGAGUUCACUCCCGACUACAUCUCUCCCGAGCAGGAGACAGGCAAGCAGAUGAUUGUCGGUUUCGACAAGCAGGGCCGCCCGUGCCAGUACCUGAACCCUUGGCGGCAAAACACGGAUGCUUCGCCCAGGCAGAUCCACCACCUGUUCUACAUGGUGGAGCGGGUGACGGAUAUGAUGCCUCCCGGCGUGGAAGCGCUGAGCCUGCUCAUCAACUUCAAGACCACCAAGCAGAGAUCAAACACCAGUGUGCCUGUGUCGACGGCGAGGGAGGUGCUGCACAUUCUCCAGAAUCACUACCCUGAACGUCUGGGCAAGGCCCUCAUCAUCAACGUGCCCUGGGUCGUCUGGGGCUUCUUCAAGAUCAUCACACCGUUCAUUGACCCCAUCACCCGCGAGAAGCUAAAGUUCAACGAGGACAUGAAGGCCUACGUCCCUGCGGAGCAGCUCUGGAGCGAGGAUUGGGCCGGGAACAUGGACUUUGAGUACGACCAUGAGACGUACUGGCCUGCGCUCAACGAGAUGUGCAAGCAGCGCCGCGAGGAAAAGCAGAGACGCUGGGAGGCUGGCGGCAAAAUCAUCGGUGAGAGCGAGGACUACCUGGCUGGCGGCACCAAGGUCAGCGCCGAAGGCGUUGAGUACUCCACCGAGGCCGGCAAGGAAGACCAGAAGCAGGUUGAGGAUGUCGACGCCGUCGGCGAAAAGCUGGCUGCGGCAAACUUGCAAGAUCCUGAGGCCAAGGUCGAGGCUGCUUCUUAAUCCGAUCUGAAUAGAUGCUCAUAGAUUUUUUAGAACUUGGAAAGGUUUGACGGCCUUGGGAUUCGGUAACGUCAUCUCCUAGGUUUUCAUC